AGUAUCAGAUUCCAUAGAAGACAAUGGCAUUGCAAGUAAUAUUAUUCUAUUGUUUUUUUCUUUGUGAAGCUGCAUCUGAUCAUCUCCAGUACUCAAUUUAUGAAGAAAUGAAAAAGGGUUCUAUAGUAGGUAAUGUUGCUAAUGAUUUGGGUAUAGACAAUACAGAAUUAUUAUAUAGAAAAUUGCAGAUAUCUUCUCAGACAGAAAAGCAAUAUUUUAAUAUCAACUUUGAAAAUGGGAACAUAUUUGUAAUUGAUAGAAUAGACAGGGAAGUAAUAUGCAGGACAGAGCAGAAAUGCUUUUUAAAUUUGGAAAUAUUGGUUGAAAACCCUGUGAAUAUUUUCCAUGUAAGAGUUGAAAUUCAAGAUAUAAAUGACAAUGCACCUAGUUUCUCUAAGGAUUUAUUUGAUAUAGAAAUUGGUGAAUUUUCUUCUCCUGGAACACAUUUUAUUUUAGGGAAUGCACAGGAUCCAGACCUAGGUAUUAAUUCUGUUCAGAGCUACAAACUCAGCUUUAACCAACAUUUCACACUGGGAGAAAAAACUAGAGCUAAUGGAAUAAAAUAUCCUGAACUUGUUUUAGAAAAGCCUUUAGAUCGUGAGGAGCAAAGUAUCUAUAAUUUAAUUCUCACUGCUUAUGAUGGAGGCACACCUGUAAAAUCUGGAACUGCUCAAAUACGGGUCAUAGUUCAUGAUGUCAAUGAUAAUUUUCCUGCAUUCAGCCAAGAAAAAUAUCAAGUAACUCUAAAUGAAAAUAUACCAAAUGGUUUUCUUGUCCUCCAGCUUAAUGCUACGGAUGCAGAUGAAGGUACAAAUGCAGAAAUUACAUAUUCAUUCAGUCACAUUGCUAAAAAUGCUAUGGAAACGUUUACUUUAGAUUCUCAAAGUGGAGUUAUUAGAACAAAGGGAGAGCUGGACUUUGAAGUUACAAAAAUGUAUGAGAUGAUGGUGGAAGCUAAAGAUGGUGGUGGUUUAGUGGGACAUUGCACAGUUUCAAUUCAGAUUAUUGAUAUCAAUGACAAUGCUCCUAAAAUAAUAACUAAAUCUCUGACUACACCUAUUCCAGAGGACUCCUUACCUGGUACACUUGUGGCCAUAAUUAAUGUUCAUGAUUUGGACUCAGGAAAAAAUGGUGAAGUGAUAUGUCAACUUUUUGGUGAACUUCCAUUUAAAUUAUUGUCUUCAUCUGUAGGUUAUUACAAACUUGUAACUACACAGCCCAUGGACAGAGAAACAACAUCUAAUUACAAUAUUAUUGUAAAAGCUGAAGAUGGAGGCUCUCCCCCCUUGUUUUCAAACAAAACAAUUCAGUUAGCAAUAUCAGAUAUAAAUGACAACCCCCCAGUUUUUGAUAAAACAAAUUAUGUGGCCUAUGUGAUGGAAAAUAACUUAGCUGGAACUUCAAUACACAGAGUGCAUGCUUCAGAUUUUGAUAAUAAUGAGAAUGCCAGAAUAAUAUUCUCCAUUCUUAAUAUAGAUAUUGAGAACAUACCCAUAUCAUCAUAUAUUUCCAUAAACUCAGCAACUGGAAUUAUUUAUGCACAACGCUCAUUUGAUUAUGAACAGUUAAGAGAAAUUCAGUUCAGAGUAAUGGCUAAAGACAGUGGAUCUCCUCCUUUAAGCAGCAAUGCCACAGUCAGGAUAUGUAUCGUGGACAGGAAUGACAAUGCUCCAAAGUUUCUCUACCCAUCAACAGACACUGAUGAACCAGCAUUAGUUGAGUUUAUUCCUCACACAUCUGAGAAAGGUUAUCUAAUCACCAAAGUGAUUGCAGUGGAUGCUGACUCAGGACACAAUGCUUGGCUCUCUUAUCACUUUCUACAAAUUCCAGAACCAGCCUCCUUUAUCAUUGGACAGAACACAGGUGAAAUUAAGUUAGCACAAAGUCUCCAUGAUACAGAUUCUUUAAGGCAAAAGGUUAUAGUUAUGGUAAAAGACAAUGGUGAACCUCCUCUUUCUGCUACAGUUACUGUAAAGUUUGUUAUGGGAGAAACAUAUCAACAAGUUCUUCCAGAGAUAAGUAGCCAACCUGGUAAUUUAGAAACACAAUCAAAUAUAACCUUGUUCUUAGUAAUAUCAAUAGCUGUGAUUUCUCUUUUAUUCAUUUUGACAGUAAUAGCUACAGUUAUUUCUAAAUACAGGAAAGCAAGCACUUCAACUCCUUUUGGAACUCUGACUAGGGAUAUGUUUCCUCAAGUUGGCCUCACAUAUCCCACUCAGUUUAGUGAUGGAACAUUGCCACUCCCAUACUCAUACAAUGUUUGUGUAGCACUUGAAUCAAGCCAAAAUGAAUUUGCCCAUCUUAAACCAAUCCAGAAUGUUCCAAUAGACAAUCUUAUUGACACAGACGAUUCCGUUCCUGGAAAUGAUUCUCUGAUCAAAAAUGUUCCUUCAGAGGACCAGACUUGCCUGUCUUCAUCCUUUUGGCUAACAUCAAGCAUUCCUCGUAACUCAGACCCAGGGAUCUCAGAGGUCUCAAUUGAAACUGGGCCAACACCUCUAGAUGUCCUAUCUGACCCUGCAGUCACUAGUGGCAGGGCCACAGGAGUGACUGGUGGGGUCCAGGUAACAAAGGCAACAUGUCUAGCCCCUGUGUAUGCCCUCUUUGUGUGGACUAACCAAGCUGAGAGGGUUCUAACAGUUACAGAGAAGCAGUUCCUCUUGCUCAUAAGUGGCUACUGGCUCAGCCUCUGUUGUUUGCAAACUGCCAAAAAGGGUGCUGUUGAAAUGGAGGGUCCAACACAACCUUUGACAUAG